GCUAAGAGUCAAGACUUGAAAGACCUUUUUGCUUCAUCUCUCGCACACCGGAAUUAGAAAUAAGGCUAAUGGACUCGUAUCAGCCACCGCCUCCGUACAUGAGACCGCCGUCUGGUCCACCGCCACCGGCGGAUCCUUACCACCAAUACUAUCAGCAUCCGGCGAGGCCACCGGUGCCUCCUCCUACGCAGGCUGGUGGUCCUGCAUGGUACUCCAAUCAAUUUCAUAACCCUCACUCUCCCUCUCCACCGCCUCCACCUCCGCCGCAGUGGGGGCCACCUUCUGCUUACCCUCCUUUUCCGACGCACUCUCACCAGCCGCCAUUCAACGCCGGCGUCAAUGGUAACAGUCAGUUUCCUCCGCCUGCCGGACAUCAUGUUCCUCCGCCGUAUCCUCAGGCUAAUCAGGAAUGGGGAAAUCCAAAUUGGGGGUCUCAACAAGGUCACACCUCUCAAGCUAAUAGCGACGUCGAGGAUUGGGCAGUGAGAGCUAAAGAAUGGGCAGCUGCUAACCAGGAUCAACACUCGCAAUCUGCAACGAACCAACCUAGCGGACAAAUCUAUCAGCAAUACCCUAAUCAAAAUGUUCACCAACAGGCGGCUCCAGGAUUAAGCUAUCAGCAGUUUCCAGUUCCACCAUCUACACAGCCGGAGAGAUAUCCAAAUUAUGCAUCAGGAAACGAGAGUUUUCCUGGAGGCUCUUCUGCUGGAUUUUCCCAUCAAGAAAAUCUGCCUACCAGUUCAGCAAUUCAUCAGCAGGAGGUACCUUAUAGUUAUUCUUCUGUAGCAGGUAAAGAAGAAUCUGGCAAUGCAACCCAACAUGAGAUGCAGAUAUCGGUGCCUGAUGGUGGAGGACCUGUUCGCGCAGAGCAGCAAAUGCAAUAUGGAUAUGGAGAACAAACAGCUGCUGCACCUAGUAACCUUAGUGAUCAGCCUUUACAGUUUGCUACUAGAGACAGUUCUGAUUAUGCUAGUCUGCACAAUACGUGGCAGCCUCAUGCCGCAACCGGAGUAGUGUAUCCUUCAAUUCCUUCAUCUGUACCGUCAGUGCCACAGCAUGACUCAUCUAUGGCUAUGCCUCCUGUUUCUGGUCAUACCAUGCAACCAUUUGGAAGGUUUCCCCCUCCAAAUCUCCAGCCUGUUGGAGCCCCUUAUGCUUAUGCGACAAAGCCGCCUCUUCACCCUGCUGCAACGUUCAUGGACGACUCAUAUGCAGCAUCAUCUGUUCCUCCUAAAAAGGCUCCUGUACCUAACUGGCUUAGGGAAGAAUUAUUGAAGAACAAAGCGUCUCUUGAAAGGCCUUCUUCAGGGAGUUUUGAGGAGAGAGAUUCCAUGGACGAUGAUGUACUUUAUAAACCUCUGGCAAAAGUUGAUCAGCGUGAAGACGAAAGGCUCAGCCCCGCUAAAUCUUCCGACGAAGAAGAAGAGGAGGAUGAGGAUGAGAUGGAUGAAGUUAGAGCGGCGGAGAUAAAGCGUAUCUUGACGGAAGUUCUUCGUACGGUUACAGAUGAAUUAUUUGAUGAAAUUGCAACCAAAGUCAUUAAUGAAGAUGAAGCAGUAGCGAAAGAAGACAGUGUCCAGCACAAUCCUAAGUCAUCAUCAUCCCUUCUCUCGGCUGAUCCAACGCACAAGGCUUCAGCAAAAAAUUUGGUCUCGGUAGAAGGCGCAAAUAAAAAAGAUGGCUCUGGCUCUCUAUCAGAUGUUUUGCUUGGUCUUGCUAGCUAUGCCUCUGAUGAUGAUGAGGAUACUGAUGCUGCCUCUAACGCUGAUGUCGACUGCAAUGAUGAAGUUCUUGGCGUGGGGUCGAGAAAUGAUGUUCAUCAGCAGCCGAGCACUGAGAAACUUCCUGAACCUAAAGAAAUGGUCAAUGCAAGAUUUGAUCCAAAAAUUGAAGUCGGUGAUAUGUCCCCCAAGAACAAGUCAGGCUUGGAUCAGAUAUUGAACUCCAGAAGAAAUGAUGAUGUGGGAGGUAGUUACAAAAAUUUAGAUACAAGCGCCAGCGCUGGACUCGAUGUUGAUACUUUAGGAAGCAGAACAAACCAUCCUGACAGAACUGAUAUUGAUAAAGAUGCAAUACUAGAUGAGCCUCACAGGAAGAACUCUGGCGUGAAACCAGAUAGCAACCUUCGUCAAGAUAGCAAUAAAAGUUCUGGGGAAUACUUGAGUGACGAUGUGAGUAGGGAUAGAAAUAGAUCAGAUGAAACGGAAACUGGAAAAGAGAAGGUAGAUCCUCAGAAUGGCUCAAAAGGUAGAAUGAGGCAGAACGACAUAAAGUCAGCAGAGAAAGUUAAAGGCUUUGAAUCGAAUAAUAAAUCUACAGAUCUCCAUGUAAAGAAGGACUCACGAGAUGCAGAUAGGGCUCAUAGAACAAAUUCUAAGGAAGACCGGGGUAAAAAGAGGAACAAGGAAAAAGAAGAAGAACGGUCAAGGCACAGGCAGGCUGAAGACUCGACCAAGAACAGAAGAAGACGUUCUCCAACCAGUAAUGGAUCCUCUGAUGAUUCAACAAGGAAGUCGCGUUCGAGAAGAAGGAAUAUAUCACCAUCUCCUGUGAGGUCCAGAAGAAAGCGCUCUUCUCCAUCCAGUGAUGAAUCCUCUGAUGAUUCAAGAAGGAAGUCUUCUUCAAGGAGAAGGAAUCGGUCACCAUCUCCCGUAAGGUCCAAAAGAAGACAUGUUUCUUCGCGGUCACCACAUAGCAAGAAUUCUCAACGCAAGCAUACUCUACACUCUUCUCAUGACACAUCCAGGUACGCAUUCUCAAUAUCAAAUGUUUGUUCUGUCUUGACACUUGACAGGUGGAUAAAGCUGAAAUUUUUUCCUUUAUCCUUUAGACUAUUAGCUAAUCCCCUGCUUGUCAACUGAACUCAAACCUGAUUUGAUAUUACAGGUCAAAGCGGUCAAGGUCCAGAUCACCCCGCAGGCGACAUCGGGCUUAGUGAAUACUCCGGCAACUGCUCAGAGAUCUUGCUUGCCCGGGACCAUGUUGCAGGCCCGUCCCUCUUUUAAAGCAUGCAAAGCAUUGGUUUUGGGCUACAUUAUAUGAUAAUGGGACACAAUUUCAAAAGGUCUUCGUAGCAUAGAUGGUCAAGUAUGAAAACGCUAGUUCCAAUGCGUUUGAUGCUCAUUUUCUCUUGUUUUUUUUCUUGUUUUUGAAAGAUCUCGACAUAAUUGUAGAGACUUACAUUUUCUCUUUAAUGUAAGAAAAAAUCAUAUCCCUCGUCGCCUUUUGGCAUUAACUAAACUUUUGUUUUCACCGA